GUUGGAGCUUCCUUUCUCCCUCAUUGUGCUCUACCUCUUCCCCAUGGCUUUUUCAUCACGCCGAGCUCCGCGAUGCCCCUCGCCGCCAUGAGGUGUGGGGAACCCGGAACCCUGGGGAAGCAGAAGGCUUGAGUGCUAUGUGAACUGCCCCCAUGCCACGGCAGCACACACACCACAUGAGGUCCAAAGAAGUAGAGGUUGCAGGGGACCUCUCGAUGGCUCGGCUUGUCCCAACCCAAAGAGACUUUUUCUGUUCUCCCCCAUGGGGCCAUAGCCAUGUACCUGUACGAAUGAUGUACGCCGUAAAGCAUAAAAGCCAACUCUAUCCCGCUGCAAAAGCUGCCCCUCCUUCUUUUUGAUCUGGGGGGCACAAACGGUGUGCCCACCAGCAAGAGUCCAGAGCUACCUCCCUGAUUGAGAGUCUGAGACUGCUUGUGCUUUGGCUGGCAGCAUUACCCUGCAGGUGCUCGCUCAUCCACGUAGCAACAACGGUAUUUUUAUUUUAUUUUCGUUCCCCCCCCCCCCUCCCCCCCUUUCGAGUGCCCUGACCUGCGGGUGUGGUCCAGGCCUAUCGACCUGAUUCCUUCAGCUGUCGUUGUUGUGUGGGCGACCGCCUUUCAAAGGGCCAGCUGGACUCCGUUGCCGGCCGCCGAGCGCGUUCGCGUAAAGAGCCAAAAGCCAAAAAGUUCUUCUCCGACGCCAACGUCGCGCAACUCCAACGCCCCCUUGUCGGCCACGAACCACAACCUCCGACUGCUCUCCCGAAGCUUUUCGCCUUCGUGGUAGAGCUUCACACUCUCUUCCGCCUCCCAGAGCGCCACCGAGCUUCUCUUGCUGCAGCAGAACACCUGUUCGUAACACAAGAGUAGCGGAGGGACCAGAACUGCCCGUGGACCAGGACCGAGAACUGCGCCGCACCUCUCUCGCUCAUCAAACCUCCCACUCGCUCAUUCACUUGCCUUGCUCCUGCUCGCAAGGCGAGCUUUGACAGGGGACCAUAUUCACUUGGUGCUUGCUCUCUCCAGACGUGAAUUGAGCUUCACCAGCCCAUUCAUUCCAGGCCAUUCACCACUCGCCCCACAGGCCUCUCAACGUUCACUGAGACGGACAUAUUUAAGCCAUCACCGUCUGUCACAAACCUUGGCCAGAACACCACCAUCUCUGACUUCUGCCCACACCCAAGCAACUACUUCUUCUCCGACCAUGCCUGCCAACAAUCUUUAAGCAAGAGGCUGCACUCACUGCAUCCCACAGCCCCAUCACUGCGCUCGGAAAGACAUCCACUCACCCCUAUCACAACAUACCCCGAUCACCCACGUCAUUUGCCAACUUGCGCUCGCAUCGAGUACUCAUCUGCACCCCUCAACAAUCAAAACCCGCGGUUUCACAGCAGUAGUCACAAUGGCCGCCAGCGGGAGCAAUCGUCCCAUGGAGUCGCGUACCGGGCGUGUUAAGCAGAGGUACAACAGUAAAGGCGAGCGUCUGGUGGCUGGAGUGGUCCCUCUGUCAGCCGACAAGAGCUAUGUGCUCAUGAUUCAGUCUACUCGGCGCAAGGGUUGGGUCCUCCCCAAGGGUGGCUGGGAGCUGGACGAGGAGUGCACAGAGGCGGCUGCCCGCGAGGCUUGGGAGGAGGCUGGGAUCCUAGUGACGAUCGACUAUGAUUUGGGCGACAUCGAAGAGACCAGUCCCCGCAAGAAGAACAGCUCAUCCGGCAAAUCCAAGCAGAAGGAGGCGGCCCUUUACCGAUUUUAUGAGGCGACGGUCAACAGCGAGGAGAUUGAGUGGCCCGAGAAGGAGAAGCGGGAGCGCAAGUGGUUCACGUUUGCCGAAGCCUUUGAGCAACUCAAGGACCGCCCCGAGCUUCAAACCGCCUUGCAGCGUUCCACCAUGAAGAGGUAG